AUGAGGCUGCUGGAGAGAAUGAGGAAAGAAUGGUUCAUGAUUGGAAUAGUACUGGCGAUCGCGGGAGCAAAGCUGGAGCCGUCCAUAGGGGUGAAUGGGGGACCCCUGAAGCCAGAAAUAACUGUCUCCUACAUUGCUGUCGCAACAAUAUUCUUUAACAGCGGACUAUCAUUAAAUACAGAGGAGCUGACAAGUGCUUUGGUGCAUAUAAAACUACAUCUUUUUAUUCAGAUCUUUACACUUGCAUUCUUCCCAGCAGCAGUAUGGCUUUUUCUUCAGCUUUUAUCAAUCACACCCAUCAAUGAAUGGCUUUUAAAAGGGUUGCAGACAGUAGGUUGCAUGCCUCCCCCUGUGUCUUCUGCGGUGAUAUUAACCAAGGCAGUUGGUGGGAACGAGGCAGCUGCAAUAUUUAAUUCAGCCUUUGGAAGUUUUUUGGGCAUCGUUGUCACACCCUUGCUACUGCUGCUUUUUCUUGGCUCAUCCUCUUCUGUGCCUUUUACAUCUAUUUUUUCUCAGCUUUUUAUGACUGUUGUGGUUCCUCUCAUUAUUGGACAGAUUGUCCGCAGAUACAUCAAGGACUGGCUCGAAAGAAAGCAGCCUCCUUUUGGUGCUGUCAGCAGCAGUGUGCUCCUCAUGAUCAUCUAUACAACCUUCUGUGACACGUUCUCGAACCCAAGUAUCGACCUGGAUAAAUUCAGUCUCCUUCUCGUACUGUUCAUAAUAUGUUCUAUUCAACUGAGUUUUAUGCUUUUAACCUUCAUCUUUUCCACACGGAAUAAUUCGGGUUUCACACCAGCAGACACUGUAGCUGUCAUGUUCUGUUCUACACACAAAUCCCUCACAUUGGGAAUCCCAAUGCUGAAGAUCGUUUUUGCAGGCCAUGAGUACCUCUCUCUAAUAUCCGUCCCCUUGCUCAUCUACCAUCCAGUGCAGAUCCUCCUGGGGAGUGUGUUGGUGCCAACAAUAAAGUCUUGGAUGGUGUCAAGGCAGAAGGGAGUGAAAUUGAUGAGGCCAACAGUGUGA